AUGUUGAUAAGAGCUGUGGCGGCCGGCUGGGUCGCCGUUUUCUUGUGCCAUCUUCAUCUAGCGAAUACUCAGGUCUCCAACAACGUCUUCACAUGUCCAAACGGAUGGGAACUGAAAGGAAUUUACUGUUACAAAUUCUUCAAUAUCAGGCAUUCGUGGGAAAAAGCUGCGGAAUUAUGCAGGAGGUACGGAAGCGAUCUCAUGGUGGUAGAAUCCUACAUGGAAAACAACUUAACAUCAGGGAUGAUCGGAAGGCACUUGGAUCGUUACUGGUUGGGACUAGCAUCCCUGGACGAUCUUCGCACAAACACCCUGGAGUCUGCAGCGGGAAUGCUCGUGUCCCAGUAUGCCGGUUUCUGGGCAUCGAAGCAGCCGAACCCAGCAUCCGGUGAGUGCGUGGACGUAGCCGUGACCGAUGACCAGCAGCAGUCCUGGGAGUUAACAACCUGCGAGUCGCUCCUACCAUUCAUGUGUCGAGCCUCCGCCUGUCCGGCAGGAUCAUUCCAUUGUUCCAAUGGCAAAUGCAUCAACUCCGCCUUCAAGUGCGACAAGCAGGACGACUGCGGCGACUUCUCUGACGAAAUCGACUGUCCCAACAAUUGCCAGUUCUACAUGGCAAGCAGUGGUGACGUGGUUGAAUCCCCGAACUACCCUCACAAAUACACACCCCUGAGCAACUGCAAAUGGACGCUGGAGGGUCCCCAAGGGCACAACAUUCUCCUCCAAUUCCAAGAGUUCGAAACCGAAAAGAGUUUCGACAUUGUUCAGAUUCUCGUGGGCGGUAGAACCGAAGAGAAAUCAGUGAACCUUGCCACCCUCUCCGGAAAGCAAGAGCUCUCCAACAAGCUCUUCGUAUCAGCCUCCAACUUCAUGAUAAUCAAAUUCAGCACCGACGGCUCAGUCGAGCGAAAGGGUUUCCGGGCCUCGUGGAAGACAGAGCCCCAGACCUGCGGAGGAAUCCUACGAGCCACACCCCAGGGACAAGUUCUGACUUCCCCCGGGUACCCCCAGAACUACCCGGGAGGCCUGGAAUGCUUGUACAUCCUGCAAGCCCAGCCCGGCAAGAUAAUCUCCCUCGAAAUCCAGGACAUGGACCUGGAGACAGACCGAGACUACAUCCUCGUGCGAGACGGCGACAGCCCAAUGAGUCGUCCAGUGGCCAGACUGACUGGAAAAUCCGAGGACAACCCAACGGUCCUCAUGUCCACCAGUAAUAACCUCUACCUGUACCUGAAGACCUCCCUAGGAGACUCUCGAAGGGGUUUCAGCAUCAGGUACACCCAAGGUUGCAGAGCCACAAUAAUCGCCCUGAACGGCACCGUUCAGUCCCCCUCGUACGGUCUAAAUGACUACCCGAACAACCAGGAGUGUCUCUACACCAUAAGGAACCCUAAGAAUUCUGCCCUCUCCCUAAAGUUCACAAAUUUUAACGUCCACACCACCGACUACGUCCAAGUCUACGAUGGUAGCAAUACCAAUGGGCUCAGACUGCACUCUGGAGAUGGCUUCACCUCGAACACGAUUCCAAAGAUCACCCUGACAGCUGAGAGUGGAGAGAUGCUGGUGAGAUUCGUCUCAGACGCCCUGAGAAGCUCCUCCGGAUGGCAGGCGACCUUCUCCGCAGACUGCCCUGUCCUCCUUCCUGGAGAAGGCGCCCUCGCCAGCAAUAGGGACACAGCAUUCGGUACGGUGGUAACCUUCUCGUGCCCCAUGGGCCAGGAGUUUGCCACAGGAAAGCUGAAGAUCACCAGUGAAUGCCUCCAAGGAGGAAAUUGGUCAGUCACGUAUAUCCCGAAAUGCCAGGAAGUUUACUGUGGACCAGUCCCCCAAAUCGAUAAUGGAUUCUCCAUCGGUUCGUCCAACGUCACGUACCGAGGAUUAGCCACUUAUCAAUGCUACGCGGGUUUCGCUUUCCCAUCGGGCAGGCCAACGGAGAAGAUCUCGUGCAUGGCUGACGGUCGCUGGGAGAAGAAACCUUCGUGCCUAGCUUCCCAGUGUGCGCCCCUCCCCGAGGCGCCAAAUGCCAACAUCACGAUCUUGAAUGGCGGUGGCAGAAGCUACGGAACGAUCGUCAGGUUCGAGUGCGAGCCAGGAUACGUCAGGACUGGACAUCCAGUCAUCCUCUGUAUGAGCAAUGGCACCUGGUCUGAUAACGUCCCCACUUGCUCCAGGGCUCGGUGUCCCGUUCUACCGAUCAUCAAGAAUGGCUUCGUCGUUGAUAACAAUAGGGACUACUUCUUCGGAGAUGAGGCAAGAGUGCAGUGCAAUCGGGGAUACAAACUCACGGGUAACAAUAUCAUCUCCUGUGGUGCUGAUCAACGAUUCGAGAACGUACCUUCCUGUGAGGAUAUCAACGAGUGCUCCUCGAGUCAGUGUGACCUCGCAUCCACUGAGUGCAUAAACAUGCCUGGAGCUUUCUCCUGCAAGUGUAAAUCUGGCUUUGCGCCGACACUGGAUUGCCGACCGGUCGGGGAUAUUGGGCUUAUAAAUGGGGGAAUCCCAGACGAGUCCAUCACUGUUUCUAGUUCGGAAAUUGGGUACAAGAAGAAUGGAGUGAGGUUGAGCAGUGGAGACGGCUGGUGUGGGAACAGUAUCGAACCGGGAGCCAACUGGGUGAUGAUUGACAUGAAAGCUCCCACGAUAGUUCGAGGAUUCAGAACCCAAGUGGUUGCCAGGACCGACGGUAACAUUGCGUUCGCCUCCGCAAUAAGACUACAGUACACUGACGAUCUGGGAGAUGUAUUCCGGGAUUACACGAAUCCUGAUGGAACUCCUGUGGAGUUCAGAGCUGUCGAGCCCGCUCUCUCUAUCCUCAAUCUUCCAGUUCCGAUCGAAGCGAGAUACAUAAAAUUCAGGAUUCAGGAUUACGUCAGUGCACCCUGCACCAAACUCGAAAUCGUCGGUUGCACUAGACUAGAGUGCACUGACGUCAACGAGUGUGCGAGCAACAAUGGUGGCUGCCACCAGAAAUGCAUCAACAGUCCUGGCAGCUACGCCUGCAUGUGCAACACUGGGUAUGAACUCUACAAGGGAAAUGGCACUGCUGGAUUCAGCAUUGCAAGAUCAGAAACUGGAGAACGAGAUGGGGAUCUUUAUCAGAGGAACAAGACAUGUGUUCCAGUGAUGUGUCCAACACUACCAGCUCCGGAGAACGGGAAGAUCCUCUCCACGAAGGAUCAGUUCCACUUUGGAGAUCUCAUAAAGUUCCAGUGCAACUUUGGUUACGUCCUUGCAGGAUCCUCGGCUGUGAUCUGCACUUCCAGUGGAGUGUGGAAUGGAACCACACCUGAAUGUCAAUUUGCCAAGUGCGUUUCCCUUCCUGACGAUAAGAACGAAGGUCUGGCUGUCGUCAGAACCGAUGAGACAAGUGUUCUAGUGCCUUUUGGACAGAACGUCACCUUGAAAUGUGGCAACACUGGAAGGUUCUUGAGGAAUACAGCCACCUCGGGCUUCAGACAGUGUGUCUACGAUCCCAAGCCAGGUCUACCUGACUACUGGCUAUCGGGAUUUCAGCCCGCUUGCCCCAGAGCUGAUUGCGGACUGCCCCUGCCGACCCCUGGAGCUGAGUACGGACAAUACGCCGAUACCAAGUACCACUCACAGUUUUUCUUUGGUUGUCAGGACACAUUCAAACUCGCUGGACAGACAAAUAAUCACGACAACGUCGUCCGCUGUCAGGCUAACGGUGUCUGGGACUUUGGAAACUUGAGGUGUGAAGGACCAGUCUGUGAGGAUCCUGGAAGACCCAGCGAUGGCUUCCAGAUAGCAAGAUCUUAUGAGCAAGGAUCGGAGGUGCAGUUUGGCUGCAGCCGACCUGGCUACAUCCUCAUUAAUCCGAAGCCCAUCGUCUGUCGCAGGGAGCCCGAGUGCAAGGUGGUUAAACCCCUUGGUCUCACGUCGGGCAAAAUUCCGGACUCCGCUAUCAAUGCAACGUCGGAACGACCCAACUACGAAGCCAAGAAUGUCAGGCUGAACUCUGUCACUGGGUGGUGUGGUAAGCAAGAAGCAUUCACCUACGUGAGUGUCGAUUUGGGUCAGGUCUUCAGGAUCAAGGGAAUCCUCGUGAAGGGAGUCGUAACGAAUGAUAUUGUGGGUCGUCCUACGGAGAUCAGAUUCUUUUACAAGCAGUCCGAGAACGAAAACUACAUCGUUUACUUCCCUAAUUUCAACCUGACUAUGAGAGACCCAGGCAACUACGGAGAACUGGCCAUGAUCACUCUGCCAAAAUCCGUUCAAGCAAGAUUUGUGAUCAUUGGAAUCGUCAGCUACAUGGACAACGCUUGUCUGAAGUUCGAAUUGAUGGGAUGUGAGGAACCCGCUGUGGAACCACUGCUGGGUUACGACUACGGCUACUCACCCUGCGUCGAUAAUGAGCCCCCGCUCUUCCAGAAUUGUCCCCAACAGCCAAUAAUGGUGCAGAAGGGACCAGACGGUGGACUCCUACCAGUCAACUUCACAGAACCAACGGCUGUGGACAACAGCGGAAGCAUAGCACGUCUGGAAGUCAAGCCCCAGAGUUUCAAAACUCCGAUAAGAAUCUUCGAGGAUACCGUCGUAAAAUAUGUAGCCUUCGAUUACGAUGGAAACGUCGCGAUCUGUGAGAUCAACAUCACAGUUCCUGAUGUAACACCUCCAAAGCUUAGCUGCCCCCAGAGCUAUGUUAUUGAAUUGGUAGAUCGCCAGGAAAGCUAUACGGUUAACUUCAACCAAACAAGAAGGGACAUCAACACAACAGACGCCUCAGGUCCAGUGAAGAUCACGUACGUUCCGGAACGUGCGGUCAUCCCCAUUGGAGGAUUUGAAAAUGUAACAGUGUAUGCUACGGACUCCAGUGGAAACCGAGCCUCCUGCCACUUCCAGGUGUCCGUCCAAGCGACUCCUUGCGUAGAUUGGGAGCUCAAACCCCCCGCGAAUGGUGGACUGAAGUGUGUACCAGGAGACAAGGCCAAAUCCCUCCAGUGUAUCGCCACCUGUCGAUCUGGCUACAGAUUCACCGACGGCGCACCAACAAAGUCAUUCACCUGUGAUCCAGUGAGACGCUGGUCUCCCAUGUCAGUGGUCCCUGAUUGCGUUUCUGAGAACACUCAGCAGGCUGACUACAAUGUCAUUGCCUCGGUCACUUACAGGGCCAAUGGGGCGGUGUCCAGGGGCUGUCUACCACAGUACCAAGACCUGAUGGGCCAGUACUACAUGGGACUCAACAACAUUCUCACUCAGAGAUGUUCCGCUGUCAACGUCAAUAUGAACGUCUCCUUCAUCCGGUCGAUACCAACUCUGGUCGAGGAGAAUGUCCUCAAGAUGGACUUCAUCCUCGUUAUCGUUCCGGCAGUUCGUUCCACCCAGCUGUACGACCUCUGCGGUUCCACCUUGAGCCUCAUCUUCGAUCUGUCCGUACCUCACGCAAGCGCUGUUAUCGAGCCCCUGUUGAAUGUCUCGUCCAUCGGUAAUCAAUGUCCGCCCCUACGUGCCCUGAGGUCAUCUAUCAGUAGAGGAUUCACCUGCAGCAUCGGGGAAGUCCUCAAUAUGGAUACAAACGAUGUUCCAAGGUGUCUGCACUGUCCAGCAGGGACAUUCGCUGGGGAGAAGCAGAAGCAGUGCACAGCGUGUCCAAAAGGAUUCUACCAGAACAGCGAUCGUCAGGGCGCCUGCCUCCGCUGUCCAUUCGGAACUUACACCAAGGAGCAAGGAUCCAAGAGCAUCGAUGACUGCAUUCCAGUCUGUGGGUAUGGAACCUACUCACCAACAGGUCUAGUCCCUUGUCUUGAGUGUCCCAGAAAUUCUUACACCGGGGAACCCCCGACGGGAGGCUACAAAGACUGCCAGACCUGUCCUGCAGGGACCUUCACUUAUCAACCGGCAGCACCAGGACGGGAUCGUUGCAGGGCUAAAUGUGCACCUGGUACUUACUCAGACACUGGGUUAGCCCCGUGUGCCCAGUGCCCCAAAAACUUCUACCAAGCUCAACACGGCGCAACGACCUGCAUGGAGUGCCCAACAAACAUGUACACGGAUGCGGCUGGAGCAGUGGGUCGAGAAGCGUGUAAGGUAGUGGCUUGCACGGACAAUGUCUGCCAACACGGUGGUCUCUGCAUCGCCAUGGGCCACGGAGUCCAGUGCUUCUGCCCCGCUGGCUUCUCUGGUCGUCGUUGUGAAGUGGAUAUUGAUGAAUGCGCUUCACAGCCUUGCUUCAAUGGUGCCACUUGUAUCGAUCUACCUCAGGGCUACAGGUGUCAAUGCGCCAAUGGAUACUCUGGAAUCAACUGUCAGGAGGAGAAGUCGGACUGUAGUAAAGACACCUGUCCUGAGCGAGCCAUGUGCAAAGACGAGCCUGGGUUCGGUAACUACACGUGUCUCUGCAGGUCUGGUUACACCGGAGUCGACUGUGACAUCACCAUUAAUCCCUGCACUGCCACGGGGAAUCCCUGCCAGAACGGGGCCAGCUGCAUUGCUCUCCAGCAAGGUCGAUUCAAGUGCGAUUGCCUGCCCGGAUGGGAGGGACAGAGCUGCGAAAUCAACACUGAUGACUGCGCAGAGAGGCCCUGUCUUCUCGGAGCCAACUGCACGGAUCUUGUCGCUGAUUUCAGCUGUGAUUGUCCUCCAGGCUUCACUGGCAAACGCUGCCACGAGAAGAUCGAUCUUUGCUCGGGGAAUCCCUGCUUGAACGGCAUCUGUGUUGAUAAUCUCUUCGAUCACGAGUGCAUCUGCCACCCGGGAUGGACAGGACCAGCGUGCGAGACCAACAUCAACGAAUGCGCUUCCAAACCUUGCAGGAAUAACGGACAGUGUCUGGAUCAGAUAGGAGGGUACACCUGCACUUGUGAACCCGGAUAUACUGGCCAACAGUGUCAGCACACGAUCGAUGAUUGCGGGGCUGAGCCUUGCCAGAAUGGAGCCACUUGCAUCGACCAACUCGAGGGAUUCGUCUGUAAAUGUCGACCAGGAUUCGUCGGACUUCAGUGUGAAGCUGAGCUCGACGAGUGUCUCAGUGAUCCCUGCAACCCUGUGGGAACCGAUCGCUGCGUAGAUCUCCACAACAGCUUCCUGUGCCACUGCCGAGAAGGCUACACAGGAACAACUUGUGAGAUCAACACCGAUGACUGCGCUUCCGACCCUUGUUUCAACGGAGCAACGUGCAGAGACGAAGUGGGUGGGUUCAAGUGUCUCUGCAGAGAUGGCUGGACCGGUACCAGAUGUGAGACCGACGUAGGAAUGUGCAUGAACCAUCCUUGCCAGAACGACGCUGCAUGUGUCGACCUCUUCCAAGAUUUCUUCUGCGUUUGUCCAUCAGGUACUGAUGGCAAACAGUGUGAGACUGCUCCUGAGAGGUGCAUUGGUAACCCUUGCAUGCACAACGGACGCUGUCAGGACUUUGGAUCCGGUCUGAACUGCACUUGUCCUGACGAUUACACUGGAAUCGGCUGCCAGUAUGAGUACGACGCAUGUCAGGCUGGUGCCUGCAAGAAUGGCGCCACUUGCAUGGAUAACGGAGCUGGAUUCACAUGUACUUGCCCACCUGGCUACACCGGCAAGACCUGUGAGGAGGACAUUGUCGAUUGCAAGGAGAACUCCUGUCCUCCCUCUGCCACCUGCAUCGAUUUGACUGGAAAGUUCUUCUGCCAGUGUCCGUUCAAUCUCACCGGAGACGACUGUAGGAAGUCCAUUCAAGUAGAUUACGAUCUGUACUUUACAGAUCCAUCACGCAGCAGUGCUGCCCAGAUCAUUCCCUUCUUCACGGGAGCCCAGAAGAGCCUCACCAUCGCCAUGUGGGUGCAAUUCACCCAGAAGGACGAAGCAGGGAUAUUCUUCACGCUGUACAGCGUCAGCUCCCCUCACGUUCCCACCAAUCGUAGACCGAUGAUCCAAGCCCACAGCAAUGGAGUCCAGGUGUCUCUCUUCCACGAUCUUCAGGAUGUUUAUCUACCUUUCCGAGAGUACGCUACCAUCAACGACGGACAGUGGCAUCACGUGGCCAUCGUUUGGAAUGGCGAGAACAGCGGAGAGUUGACGUUGAUCACUGAAGGGCUGAUUGCCAGCAAGACUGAGGGCUACGGCAGUGGACGAACUCUUCCGUCCUACGGUUGGGCUGUUCUUGGGAAACCUAGGAGUGAAUCCCCCAAAGGGUACACUGAAUCUGGCUUCCAAGGGCACUUGACGAAGGUUCAGGUCUGGUCCAGGGCGCUGCAUGUCACCAAUGAGAUACAGAAGCAGGUGAGGGACUGCAGGACCGAGCCUGUUUUGUAUCAGGGAUUGGUGUUGACUUGGGCUGGGUACGACGAAAUUGGUGGGGGGGUUGAAAGGGUCGUGCCUUCUCACUGCGGACAGAGGAUCUGCCCACCUGGGUAUGGGGGCAACAAGUGCCAGCAGCUUGAGGCAGAUAAAAUUCCACCCAAGGUUGAGCAUUGUCCUGGGGAUCUUUGGGUCAUUGCCAAGAAUGGAUCGUCCAUUGUCACCUGGGACGAGCCUCAUUUCUCUGAUAACGUGGGGGUCGUGAGGAUCCAGGAGAAGAGUGGUCACAGAUCUGGACAGACACUUCUCUGGGGAACUUAUGACAUCAGCUAUGUUGCUUAUGAUCAGGCAGGAAACUCGGCUAGUUGUAACUUCAAGGUUUAUGUGCUCUCAGACUUCUGUCCGGAGCUGGCUGAUCCCGUUGGCGGGUCCCAAUUGUGUAAGGACUGGGGAUCUGGGGGACAGUUCAAGGUCUGUGAGAUUUCCUGUAAUUCGGGGAUGAGGUUCUCGCAAGAGGUACCCAAGUUCUAUACGUGUGGGGCUGAAGGGUUCUGGAGGCCUACGAUGGAUCCCAGUUUACCGAUUGUGUAUCCUGCUUGCACGGCGGCUUCCGCGGCGCAGAGGGUCUUCAAGAUCAGAAUGAACUUCCCAACGAGUGUCUUGUGUAAUGAGGCUGGCCAGGGGGUGCUCAAACAGAAGGUCAGGAAUGCGGUCAACUCGUUGAAUCGGGACUGGAACUUCUGUUCUUAUUCGUUUGAAGGCACCAGAGAGUGUAAAGACCUCGUCAUCGACGUCCAGUGUGACCACAGAUCAAGAACAGUACGAGAGACCAAUACUGAGGACGGUGGAACCUAUGUGAUAUCAGCUGCUGUUCCAUCAGAACCAACGAGACAAGCUCGCCAAGGAAGUGACACCUACGAGGUGGAGAUAUCAUUCCCAGCGAUAAACGAUCCCAUUCAGAACACCAAUUCCAACGAUCGUGCUACUGUCCAGAGCCUUCUGGAGAAACUCAUUCUGGAGGAGGAUCAGUUUGAUGUCCAUGAUAUUCUACCGAAUACAGUUCCUGAUCCAGCUUCUCUGAUUUUGGAGUCGGAUUAUGCCUGUCCGGUUGGACAAGUUGUUAUGGCUCCUGAUUGUGUGCCCUGCGCAGUCGGCAGUUUCUACAACGAGGCCCUCCGAAAAUGCGAGAUGUGUCCGAUCGGCACAUACCAGAGUGAAUCCGGCCAGUUGAAAUGCAGCAGUUGUCCAGUGAUAGCAGGUCGCUCCAGCGUGACCAUCGGUCCAGGUGCUCGAAGUGCUGCGGACUGCAAGGAGCGCUGUCCAGCUGGUAAAUACUACGACGACGCAGCAGGUCUCUGUCGCAGCUGUGGUCACGGAUUCUACCAGCCAAGUGAGGGCAGUUUCUCCUGCCUCCUCUGUGGUCUCGGCAAGACAACGAGAACAGCUGAGGCAGUUUCCCACGAGGAGUGUCGUGACGAGUGUGGAUCUGGCCAGCAACUGGCUGUUGAAGGAAAGUGCGAGCCCUGUCCAAGGGGUACCUACAGGACCCAGGGGGUGCAAGCAGCCUGCCAGACCUGCCCGCUUGGCAGAACAACCCCAAAUAUGGGAUCAGCAGCUAUUGAGGAGUGCUCUCUACCCGUCUGCGAGCCAGGAAGCUUCCUUAAUGGUACGUUGAACGAAUGUGUCUCCUGCAAAAAGGGAACGUAUCAGUCUGAGCCCCAGCAGACAUUCUGCAUCCCCUGUCCUCCCAAUACAAGCACCAAGGGGCCAGCUGCCACCAGCAAAGCUGAGUGCACAAAUCCAUGCGAAAUGAAUGGAGAGGACUUGCACUGCGAUGCCAAUGCCUACUGUCUUCUCAUCCCUGAAACCAGUGACUUCAAGUGCGAAUGCAAACCUGGGUACAAUGGCACUGGAAUGGUGUGCACUGAUGUCUGCAACAACUACUGUGACAAUGAGGGUGUCUGCCUGAAGGACUCCAGGGGACAACCGUCCUGCAGGUGCAGUGGAAGCUUCACUGGUAAACACUGCACUGAGAAGUCGGAGUUCUUCUAUAUCACUGGGGGCAUUGCUGCUGGGGUCAUUCUCAUCAUCUUUAUUGUCCUGUUGGUGUGGAUGAUUUGUGUGAGAUCGUCGAAGAAGAGGGAACCCAAGAAGAUGCUGUCUCCUGCCACUGAUCAGAAUGGCUCGCAAGUCAAUUUCUAUUAUGGGGCACCAACACCUUAUGCUGAAUCCAUUGCUCCCUCGCAUCACAGCACUUAUGCUCAUUAUUAUGAUGAUGAGGAGGAUGGCUGGGAAAUGCCGAAUUUCUAUAAUGAGACUUAUAUGAAAGAGAGUCUACAUAAUGGAGGCAAGAUGAACAGUCUGGCCCGCUCAAACGCCAGCAUUUACGGUACCAAGGACGACCUCUACGACAGACUGAAGCGUCACGCUUACCCCGGAAAGAAAGACAAGAGCGACAGUGACAGCGAGGGCCAGUGACCCCGAAAGAUGUCGACGUUCCUGGGGACAAGAGAGGGAACGUGAAUCGAAUGAAUACCAACAGGAUAUACGGGAGGGUACUCACUUCUCUCAACAAUCCUCUGUUUUAUAUUAUAAAAAUUGGAUAGUGGAGAACGACUCUGAAGUCCUGGAGCAACGAUCGGUGAUACGAGCCGAUUGUUACUUCGGCACUAGUCGACACUGCAUUUUAUUGAGAAUAAAAAGUUUCUCUGUGGUUUUUUUUAUCCAGUGAAAAACUAUUGACAGUGUGUCUGAAUGAUAUUGCGUAUGUAUAUGAAUAUUUUAUUUCUUGCGUGUCUGUAAUUUUUCUAUUUAAAUAACAAUUAUUGUAGUUUUCGGAGGAGAGUACGGCAAAAUAUAUUUCAAAAUGUACUUUAACCUUAAUCUGGUCACCAAACGCGACCUCUUGCGACUUGAUCACCUCCGCGGGGAUUCCCCGCACUGUUAUGUAGACUUUACCGUUGCCAAAUUCACUCUGCACUGCCCGCA